UGCCCUAGAAGCCUUCGACGAACACGGCUUUACGCGACUUGGAUACGUUGGUAAACGAUGCUGGUGCAUCGGAAAGUGUAAAUCUAGGGUUGAAGAGCACUUUACUCCUCCGACUGAAGUAAUAUGUCAACGACAGCGACCCUGAGUGCUCUCCGCACACGACCGGAAAGCUUUCUACCGGCGAUCAAAUGCUCUAGCUGCGGUGAUGAGGUGGACAUAGCUGCUUUGGGCGACCAUGUGUGCGGCAAGACCGCAUCGACCUCAGCAGUAGGAAGUCAAUCUGCCGGCAAUCCAUACAUUGGGCGGCAGAUCAAUCCUUACGGGCACACGCCUCAUGCACCAUCACCACUGCAUCAGCAGAGCCAGCCAACAACACCCGUACCACAGACCAGGGUACGAGCACCAACACUGAGUUCCAGCUCGAUACACACGUCGAAGUCUGCCCGACCGCCUGUUCCGCGCAUCAACCCGAAUGUCGCUAAUCUACCCUUUCUUAUGGCUGCACCAGGGCCCGCGUCACCAGUGUCGCCAGCCAUGAGCGUAAGAUCUGGUGACAGCAACGGCAGCCGACCACCUCCACAGCGGAAAAUGAGCUGUCCAGGCCCACGGUUGUUCGACCCAAGGCCUCCUAGCCCCGAGUUGUCUGCGAACAUGGACUGCGCGUUUCCUCCCUUCCCCAUCACAAGGCCAGGUAGCUCAGGGAGUGGUGGCAGACCGAGUUCGUCGAAUGGCAGGAACACACCGCCUUCGAGAGGUGGCUCGCGGCAGAGUCCUCGGCUGGGCGAAAGGAAAGCAUCAAAUCUCGGGCCGAAAAGCCCAAUGAGCAAUGCGGGAGAACAUGUGUUGGCCAGAAUGAACACCCUGAAAAGCGGCCCAUUCGAUCCAAGCAGGAGGAGGCCAAGCGAACAUGGCGAUACAUCCUCGCCGCUGGAUCGACGCCGCCCCAGUCUGUCAAGCUUGAAGCUCAGCAAUGAGCCACCGCAUGUACCGAGUGAGCCAGUCCCUCGACCAUCCACUUCACAUACGAACCAGUCACAGUUGUCUCGACCACUGCCAGAUAGUUCUUGCAGUACUGCGACCCGCGAGCUUCAUCCAAUGCAAGCCAAGGAGCAACCUAAGAGCACAGACCGGACCACACAGGACCUGCUAUUACCUGGCUUGCUAGAGCAGAUCAGUGCGGGGCCGUUCGUAGAGUUGCCAUCAAUCUUCUCACCGUCACAGCCGCCAGUCCCUUCACGGAGCGUAGAGCGGAGUCAGACGUUCCCACUUCAAAAUGAUGGCGGUGACGCCGCAGCCAUGGAGACACGACACGCACUAAACAAGACGCCGAGCGAGCCGCAGCUUCGUGGUCGUCAGCGUAGACCAACUCUUACCACCUCCCAGUCCGAGCCGUCGCAAGUACCACAAGCUCGGCAGCGAAGUCUAAGCAGGAGUGGCCCACGGAUCGAUCACCGACUUCGAGAUGCUCCACCCGUACCUAAACCUGUCCUGUACUACCGAAAAGAGAGGAUGCACUCGCCAUCCGGAUCCGGGUCGUCCACCGCAUCCUCCUUGGGCUCACUCGCAGCAUCUGGCAGCAGUAAUGGCCCAAGUCCGGUAGGUAGCGAGGCAAGCAGCAUUGACACGUUCUCGCCCCUGAGCUACGAAUCCAGCCAGUACGUGGAAGAGGCAAGCAUGCAGGUGCCGAGUCUCAAGGUCAGAGACCAGCAGAAGCCGGGCAUGCGUGCUGAACAGCCUAUUGACCGAUCAACGCCGCGUAACUUCGCACGACUUUCGCCGCCUAAGCAUAUCGCCUUACCUCAGCGUGCACCAGUCAUCGGAGCCGUGUUCAGCUCGCCAUUUGAGUCGCCGAUGGCUCCGGCGUUGCAGCCUGCGGAAUUGUCUGGAACGUCCUCCUCAUCGCUUGCACCUGAAGGCCGCCCUUCGCUGGCACGGACAAGCACGAUGCCGAACCCUGCACAGCGUCAAGGUACCCCAGCGUUUCCAGCGGCCGAACCAUCUCAUCCCGCAGUGACGGCUCGCUCGGUGGAGUACGACCCCUACCGAACAUCGCCUCAGUCUUCGCCCCGAUCGAGCACAAGAGCUCGGUCGAAGUCGGUUGUUGGCAUAUCGGGCGCUUCUCUGAGGGCACGCUCGCCCCAGCCGGUGCCUCCACCGAUGCCGCAACAGACCUCACGGUCCGUCUCUCCUCAAUACAAACCUUUCGACCCUGGCACGUCUCGAUCCCUUUCACCUCAAGACGCCACGACCCCGUCUUCGUCACAAGGUAGGACGAUAACAGGGGCCAAGCCAACGUGUCGCGGCUGCAGCACCUCUAUCACAGGUAAAUCCGUCAAAGCUGCCGACGGCCGCCUUACUGGCCGCUGGCACAAAUCUUGCUUCACGUGCACCACCUGCGCCCAACCAUUUACCACCGCCGACUUCUACGUUAUCGCCAACCAGCCCUACUGCGAACAACACUACCACGAAGCGAACAAUUCGCUCUGCCACGGCUGUCACCGCGGUAUCGAAGGUCAGUACCUUGAGACGACAAGUAGUAGUACGAAUGGGAGUGUGGAGAAGAAGUUCCAUCCGAAGUGCUUUACUUGCUGUGAGUGUCGGCAGGUGCUUGCGGAGGACUAUUUCGAAUUUGGUGGAAGGACUUACUGUGAAAGGCAUGCUUUGGCGGCUAUGAGAGGCCAGGCGAAGGUGGUGGUGGCAGGAUUGGGUGUGCCGGAUAGGAGGGCGAUGACGGCUGAGAGGAGGACUACGAGGUUGAUGGUCAUGAGCUGAGGUGAGCGAUCGUGUCGUGCACGGGAUUGGGGUCCUUUUUCGUCUUGCAUAGCGUUGCGUCUUCGGGUUGGAAGGAGGCAGGACGGCGCCAUCACAUGUUGGCUUACGGCCUGAGCGUUAUUCACUGAUACCCUCGUAUUUUCAAUGUAUUUACAUAUACUAGCUCUACAGCAGCUCGCGAGCAACCUUGCAGAUAGACC